GUUCGGUACCUCAUGCACACGACAGGAGCGCCUCCGAACGUCCGGCAGCGCAGAUGUUGACUCGGUAUCAUGCAAUUGAAAUGUACUGCACGAUGUCACCUUCGCCCGCAGUCAUACUCUAUAUCAUAUAUGAGCUGCGUGUCAACACACAGCACGAGAUAUCCCCCGAGGGUUCUUCCACCGGAUAUUGAAGAUGAGCCUCAACACUAAGAGUGACUUCUACGACGUGCUGGCGGAGAAGAGGAACGUCAAGGUCGAGAGGGCGAGAUAUGCGGACGUACCUAGAAUCCAACAGAUGGCACAGGAUGCCUACGAAGACGACCCUCUGCGCAACUACCUGAGGAAUACACCGGACGCCAAGAAGCCUCCUGUGGCUCCUCGGCGGGACCGCCUCUACAUUUGGCGUCUCAUGGCUUACUUGGAACUCGGGUUCCAUAUCCAUUACCACGCCGCGUUCCCUGUAGAGCACGGAGAUGCUUACGUGACCAUAGGCCAUCCGUCACCUGGGCGGACCAAAAGCGCUGUACUACGGAUGCUCAGCAGAGUCACGAACGGGGUCUUGAACAGAACGAACACGCCCGAACAGCGCAAAAGGUGGGAGGAAUUCGAGGAUAAGAUAGCCGCCGCGUCAAAAGACGCGUUUGGUGACGAGCUCAGGAGAAUGCUCCAUGUCCUGAACCUGGCUGUAGCGCCGAGGCAUCAAGGAAAGGGUUAUGGUUAUGCCCUUAUGGCGUUGGCGAACGCGCAGGCCGACGAAAUACGUUGCGCAUCGUGGCUGUUGUCCUCGAACGUCAUCAACACGCCGUUCUACGAGAGCUGUGGAUUCGUGGUGGUGAAGGAGGUGCUUCUAGGGGAGGACAACCCAACUUGGACAGAGCGGCCGUUCGCUAUCCUGAUCAUGAUGCGAGCGGCACGGAGCUAGACCUCCGGAUGCGAUGAGAGGGGGGAAGCAACUUGAAGGUGCAGGAUACUGAACAUACUUACGACGUAAUCCUGUGCCCGAGCAGGGGGGUGAAUUUAGUGGCCGUCUAGCCUUGGGAGCGGAAUAGCGGAAUGAAGCAUAUAUGACAUGAUGCAAACACCUGAAAAAUCUGCAUUGCUCUAACCA